AUGAGUCAAUUACGUAAGUCGGAGCAUGAAGUGGAGAUUGAAUCUUCCGCUCACGAGUUCUUCCACGUAUUCAGAAGCAAGGCACAUAAUAUUCCUAACGUCUGCCCGCAAAAGGUUUCUGCCAUUGAUGUUCAUGCAGGCGACUGGGAGACUCAGGGCUCCAUCAAGCAGUGGAGUUAUGUCGUCGAUGGGAAGUCGGAGACUUCCAGGGAAACGGUUGAGGCCAUAGAUGACGAAAACAAGUCGAUUACCUUCAACGUUUUGGAUGGCGAUAUGUUGCAGAACUACAAGUCCCUCAAAGCUUUCCUUCAAGUUACCGGAAAGGAGGACAAGGGAGCCUUAGUGAAGUGGACUAUUGAAUAUGAGAAGACAAAUGAGAAUGCCCCUGAUCCAGACAAAUACAUGGACCUUGUAGUUAGUAUGACCAAGGACAUCGACCAGCACCUUCUCAAGGCAUAA